GCUCAGAGAGCACCAAGGGCCUCUCAUUUCAUCUCUGAGCUACAAAUAUUCUCCUUCAUUGGUACCUGUCUUUGUGUCAGCUACACAAGAGCCGUUCCAUUCUUCUUAGUGACAGAGAAGAUACAACACAGGCAAACUUUCAUCUUUCUGAGGUCCACUUUAGAGUAAAUUUUCCUUUUUCUGAUUGUUUCUUUGAAGCUUGAAUUUUUUCCCCCUGCAUUCUGAUGAUCUGUCAGCUACCUAGACUGGCAAGUUCAGGUUGAUUUGACAAGUUAUAUUAAAUUUUUCCUUUAACUCCUUUGUGUCUGAAUUUCCUGGGAUGGGAUUUCUCCUUACUCACUUUAGGAUAGCAUUCCACAAAAGGAAAUACGUUUUAAAAAUUAAAUAUAUUUAAUAAGUUUUAAAACAAUUGUUUAUUAUUUUUAACAAUCAAAAUUUUAAAACAGUUAAUGCUGAAUCCAUUUUUAUUUUCUCCAUGUAUAAUAGCCAGGAUAUGGUUUGCCAAAGCACUGGUGAACCAGCAUUUGACCUACACAAUUAUAGGGAGAUGUUUGAAACCUAUCAGUUUAAACCCUUUCCCCCUUCAGUGUUCAGGAAAAGAAACUAAGAAAGGAACUCAACAAGGAAUGAGCUUGGAACAAAGAGGGAUGUGAAAGGAAAAACACACACAUGGAUACAAGCUAGUGUCAAAGAUCUCAACUGGAAGGAAGGAAUUUGCAGGAGAAAGGAUUGGACAAUAAACAGGAUUGAAUGGGGCAUCAGAAGCAGGGGAGGAGGCACAGAAGAAAUAAAGAAAUAGAACAUUAACACUCAGUAUCCCUUCCCACCAGUGACGAAAUCUGAAAGGCAUAUUGGUAUUGUUUCAUUGGAAUUCAAUGACACAUUGACCAGUGGCAAUCAAGUCUCCCUGGGGCUGAAUACAGCCUGAGUUAUCUACCUUUAUUCUGUUCCAAUAAAGUCGAUUUGGAGAGUUAGAACUUCCUUCUCUGUGUGUUAUAUCUUAGUUUGAAGGAAGCAAAUAUGUGAAUUUGGGAUAUAGGUAAAUAUAUAUUUAUUUUACUAAUAAAUGUGUUUUACCCAACUGUUUAUAUUCAUUCUGCAAAUUUUAUGGAGAAAGAGUUGUACAUGUGUAGAAAUAAACAACUCCAAUGUAAGUCUGUCUGAACAGAAUUCUGGAAAAAAGAACAGAAUGGUAAUCAGGUCACACUUCAAUAAAAGGACAUUUAUAUUCUAAAACAUGGGGGGAGGGGUUGCAAAAUAAUCUUUCAAGACUUUUUUAAAAUAUCGCCCUUUGGUUAAUUGAAACUAUUUUUAAAAUACUGUGUUUAUAAUAAGACUAAAACAAUAUAGAUGACGUAUUUCAUUACUUCAAUUACUUCCAUUCAUACUUUGGGGGCUGCCUUUCAAUUAUCGGAUGUUCUUGCUUUGACACUUACUUUCAAUAAUGUAAUAUAACUGUAAAAAUGUUUUAUUAAAAUGCAAAUUCCAAAAAUCAUGAAAUGUUUGAAGAUUAAUUUAAUUAAUUUAAUUUAAGAUGGAAUGGAUCUAGCCUUCCUGAAAUCAUACUACUCUGAGUACAUCAUAGUUCAUAUUCUAUACAGCAACCAAUCUCAACUUUUCAUACUGUAAAUAUUAUACAUAUAAAUAUUCAUAUUGCUACAGUUUCUCAUUACUGGAAAAGGGAAAUUUAUAUUGAGAGAAAAAAAAUCUCUUUAUUUCCACAGGACAGCUCAAACCCCUUUUAAGGAGUAAAGGGACUUCAUCUCAGUUGCAGAACAGGUGCUUUGCAUUUUCCCCAACUAAAGUCCAGCUUCUAUGUAACUAUUAAGAUAUGCGAUAACACUGCCUCAUUGAGAUGAGCUAAUGCAAUUUACUUUGAUGGAAAUUUAAUACAUCUAGUAUCUGUCUCAAAGAUUUAGAACAGACAUUUGUGCACGUACAGCUCAUGCACAGCAUUCUCUUUUGGCUACUAGACUUGCAUUACAACAGACACCGAUGCAAAGCAACAGAACAGCUUUGCGGGGAGCAGGGGAAGGGGGGAAGAGUCACACUGCAUGGUGAAGGUGCUACUUUAAGCAGAACAUAGUAACACACUUCUUCGAAGCUUUGCAGUUUUAAAAAUUGUUACUGCUGCUGAAUUCUGGCUAACUUUGAUGAUUUCAGUUAAUCCCAUUAAACAAAAUUAAUCCAAAUCAAAACUAGUACACUAGUUCAAGAUGCUGAGAAAAACAAUUUCUCUGUCUAACAUAAGUGAAUUCACUUCAGAUCAUUCUAACCCAAAAUGCUUCAAGUCCUGCAUGAAAUCCCUAGGUAAUCAGAUUAAGGAUAACUCAGUGAGUUUGAAGGAAAAAAUGUUCUGGAAUAAUGAUAAUUUAUGUUCUUAUUAUUGGAUAUGUUCUAACAUUUAUCUGCAUCAAUGAUUAAUUACAUUGACUUUGCAUUGUGAAAAGCUAUGUUUUCAGAAAAUCAGAGUUAAUUUCACAGUAGAAGAGAUAUAGUUUGAUAACACUUCUAGAAAAAAAAAUAUUGCAAUUGCCUUACCUCACUGACAUAGUUUUAUAAGAAUCCAUACCUUGCAAUUUUCUACUUAUGUCUUGUAUUUUGCCAUUCUUUUUACUUUUUGCUCACUAGAAAAUAAAUAGUCAUCCAAAGAAGGAAAUUCUGCCAUCAUUGGUUUAGUAGUUUCAAGAAAUAAUAUAUGCAAUAAUUUAUUAACGUUGCAUGCCAUCCAACUCUCAAUGACUCUGGGCAACUUACAGCAAUUAAAGACAUUACAGUGAAAUCAGUGAAACAUAAAGAUGUUAUGUUCAGAAUUUGUAUACUAAUUGUGGGUGACUUUAAGCUAAUCAGUAUCUUGCAACCUAAUCUAUUUUAUGGGGUUAUUGUGAGGAUAAAAUAAGAGACUUCCACGCAUACAAAUAUUACAUUUCCAAGGGAAAAGUAAGAGUUAUAAAUAAGAUUAAAUUAAUUUUCAGCUAGAUUUCUAUUUCUUCUCACUGCAGAAUGUUCCGCACACAGGAGUAAGUUUUAAAUUAUAAAAAUGUGAGAAGAACCCUUUUAAUUAUCACUCAGUAACACAAAAUAUUAAAAACCUAACGUGAACAAUUGGAUUCUAAUUCCGCAGCAAAAAUGGAGAGAUUCCUUAAUACAACCGGAUCCGAGUUUCCCACGCGAUAUGACUCCCCGUCUACAGAUCCCGAACGCUUCAACAUUAUAACAUUAUAAUUAUAAUUUCUUUUUGAAAGGCAUUCAUUUUAUUAUGUUGCCCGCUUCUCUAUAUCUUAACAAGAAUAAGCACGGGCAGCUUUCACGAUUCGUAAGCGCUCCAAAGACCGUCAUCCCGGCAGGGCAGCACAAUAUUAGCUGCGGUCAAAGGUAUUCCCGUGUUUCAUGUCUCCUCGGGCAACCGCACUCUCUAGAGACCUUCAUCCUGAAGGCAGCUUCCGCCUAUGGGAAGCGCCGUCGGGCAGCCCUUCCCAGCCUGCGGCUCUCGGAGCGCCUGGCUCCGCUCCCGCACGAGGCGCUCGCAUUCCCAGAGGUCUUUGCGGCCCCCGCGCUCAAAAGCUCAGCGACGGCAAACAGUCGCUUAGACAACGGAGGGCCGCCGCUUCCAUAGCGAUCAUUAUACACGGGGAGGCGCGUGCCCAGGCUGUCGCGCGGCUUGCCUUCAGUCUCGCGAGAGCCGGCCUUCCUGUCUUUCAGAGGCCAUCUGGGGCGCCUUCCCGCCGGGCUGGCAUGGAGGGAGGCGAUGGCUGUGGGGAGCACCUGUUCUCAUUGGAGCUUCUGGUGGAGUCAGCGCGCGUGCAACCGCGGCUACUGCCGACGCUACUACCCGAUAGUGGCCCCUUCCUGUCGGCCGUGGCUCUCCGGCUGCUGGACUUCCCGACCCUCCUGGUCCAUGCCCCACAGUCCGCGUCCUGGCCGGUGGUGCCCUUCGGGCGGGGCAAGUCGUGCCUCUUCAGGCUGCGGCCGGACGCUCUGAAGGGCCUCUUGCGGCGCUCUCCACUCCACGCGCUGCUGCUGGCGCUGCCGCCCAACCCGGGCCCCGCCCGCCUGCUCGGUUCAUCCAGCAUCUCUCUUGCGGCCGCCGCCGAGGAAUUGUUGCCUGGCUCCGGGCCGGCUGCUAGAAGGGGCCACUUCCCGGUGCGCGACCUGAUGGGAGAACCAGUGGGGGAGCUGGAACUGAGUUAUCGCCUCAACAGCCUGGGCUCCUCGGGCCUAGAUCACUUCGAGCAAGGGGCGGCGGUGGACGAAGCCCUCGCUGGAGACCAGCAGCUCCCCUGUCCGCAAGGGAGAGUUGCGGAUCGGAGGCUCAGUCUGGAGUUCAUCUCAGAAGGAGAGGAGGACCCUGCCCCAGGCGGUGGCAGCCAAGGGUCCUUAAGCAGUCCUGAUACAGAGCCGGAGCCCUUUUCUGGUAGCUCAAGUGAGGAGGAAAUCGCAGGAAAGCUGGACAACAAUGCCUUUUGUCCCCCACCAAUGUAUUACAGUCACCAAAUGGAAAAUUGCUUCCCCAGCCCUAAAGCUGCAACAAGAGUGAUAAUCAUGGCCGCUCAAGAUUCACUUCCCAAAGAAGGAACUCCUUUACCUUUUGUGAAGGGGGAGUCUGUAGUUAGUGCUGAGAAGGCUCUGCCACCCUUACUCACCAACACACCGGGUACUUCUGAACAACUCAGGCAGACUUUAAGUCAGUUGCCUCUACUGAAUGCUUUGCUUGUAGAACUCUCCUUGCUGAAUAGCCAGCCCCUACCACCAGGACCCUCUGCUGUGCAUCCUCAGUUGGCAUGGCUAUAUCAAAAUGCAGAAGAAGCUACAAAAACAUUACCCUGUAAUGGUAAGAAUCUGUGUGCCUGCUGGGAUGAUAAGAAAAACACCCCACAUCACAAAGAAAGAGGAAGAUCACCUAGUCCUAAAUUAAAAAGAAAUCGCCCAGAUCAUUUAAAAGGCAUGUCUCCUAACUGUCCUGGCAAAACUUUUACAAAACCAAUAUACACUGAACGACCUGUGAGCCCUGAAAAGGUUAAUACCAAAGAAAAUUCUCCCACUAGAAGGAAAUUCUCUUAUGGGCUGACAAAUACAUUAAAGCUUCGUGUUCAGAGAUCAAGUCCAGGUAUGUUGAAGGUUCAUGAAAAGAGAGAACAUCGUAGAAAAAAACUUGGUGACAUAUCGUUUGAAAAAAAAGGUAAAAGCUCUUUGACUAAAGAAAAAAUAUUCAGGGGCUCCCUUGACUAUCAUCCAAAGUCUUCUGGGCAAUAUGAUGAAAAAAGCAUCUCUGAUCAAAAUGCUCAAAUUAAUGAAAAUGUUGAGACUUUAAUACAAAGCAGUGUUGGCCGAAAUAGCCAUAUGACCACAAAGAAAAUAAGCUCUCGUAUUACAAAAAAAAUUGGACCCAGUUGUGUGAAGAAUAAAGACACUGCCAAAGGGAAGUACUCCUCUGAAAGUGUUGAUUCUAAUUGCAAAGAAAAGAGCUUGGAAGUCCAUCUGCCAAGAGUCUUUUUACAGGAUACUGAAGCCCUUGAAAACCCAGUAGAUGCUCAGAUAGAAAAAUGUUUGCAAUGUGAUCAUAAUAUUCCAUAUAUAUUUAAAGAUAGGCACACCAACAACUUGGAAAAGAAUUGUGCACGUAAGAAUUCAGAUAGGCUGUCUGAAAAUACAGCCUAUUCGGAAGAUUUCACCAGUAUAGACAGUUGUGGCACAAGCUUGGAAGCUCCAGAGUACAGUCCUGAACCUUUAUCUAUAAACUCAGAUCACAGUCAGUCUGGCAUUGACUCCAGUUCUAAAAAUUCCAGAAGUCUUCCUGCUAAAUGUAUUUCACCUCUUCUUCCAAAAGUUUCAGCUAUAUCUCCUGUUCAGACUCUUAAAAAGACAUAUGACUUAAAAUCUAACAAAAACAAAUUAGGCAUUGGAUUGAAAAAAUUUGAUGAUGAUUCUCUUGCAAGAACUUUAAGAGACCAACUUACAAUUAAGGAAAAGGAAGAGGUUACCCAAAUUUUUGAGGACAAACAAGUACAGCCUAAUACAAAUUGUAACUUAGCAAAAAGCCAGUCUUAUGUAGAAAACAGCCAUUCUGCAAGGACAUCUCAAGUUAGCUCUUACUUGCCCUCUACUAUGUCUGACAUUGAAUUUAAUGGUCUAGAAGAAAGCAAAGCCUCUGACAAUGAACAAGAGGAUAGCUUUGGAAAGAUGAAUAACACAAAUCAGUGUAAACAUAUCAGUGAAUUAGUAAUAAACAAGCUUCCAGGAUACACAAUGUAGCAAUCAAUAGUAAAAUCAAAGUGAAAAUGUUUUAAUAUUUAAUAAGAAAACAUUUUAAGGGAAUUUUGACUUUUUUUACAAGUAUAAGUUUUGCUUAGGAUGCAAAGAUAUUUGUCAGAGUAAUGCACAACUCAGACUAUGCAGUUUUGUGGAACUGGUGGUUUCUUAGUUUCAGCUGUCUCCAAAUCUACCACAUUCUGUGAUUAGCUGCCCCUGAAAUUCAAGGACAGUUUUCAUAUGAUAUAAAGGUUUCCCGUUCAUAUAAAAAAAAAUGUUCUCAUUGAGCAUAGGAAAUGAUGUAGUGUGCCUAAAAUAAUUCUCCAAUUUUUAAUUUGUCUUUUAAUUUUUCUUUCAAAAUUAAUAAGCAAAAAAUAACUAAAGGGCACUAGAAAACAAGUAAACUAUAGUUGAUUAUAGACUAUUGAAGAUAAUACUUAAGCAAACCAGUUUUUAUUUGCACUUUGGAAUUUAAGAGAAUUAUAGCUAUAAGUGAAGUAAAAAUUGUUCAGUAAAA